GAAAAGAGUUUUCGCUCGCGUUGCGUGCGGACGCUUUGAUUCGCUCCGACAUUGGCUUUUGGCGGGAGUAAAAACAAUAAAUGUAAUUUCUUAAAAAAAUGAUUCGCGCGCUUUUGUUUAUUUUUUUCGCGUCAACAACUCAAGGGACUUUCGUAGUGGACGAAGAAUGUCUCAACUACACAAUAUAUCCAGUGCAAUACGAACUUAUUAUAAGCCCCUAUAUUUACGACGAUAGAGCUUUUUACGAUUGUCACAUAACGAUAACAGUGAUCGCUAAUGCGCCUGAUAUACGAAUGAUAGAAUUAGAUGCAAGAAAUAUGACAAUAAGUGGUGAAUCUAUAAAAGUUUACAAGGGAGAUAGAAACAUAGUGAAUGGUCCCCGACCUUACGUUUACGAUAGAUCGCUAGGGAAAUUAUAUAUUUUUUUAAACGAGGCUCUAAUACCUUAUAAGGGCAGACACUUGCAGAACUAUAUGAUAAGGAUGUCUUUUAGAAAAGAGGUGACAUACGAUAGUACUGGUGUCUUUUUAGUGAGAUAUUUUGAUGAGAAUCAUAAACUCAAAUAUCUUAUGCAGACUCGGUUGUCACCCGACAAAGCGAAGUAUUUCAUACCUUGCUUCGACAAUCCUCAGUUUGAGUCAGUAUUCAAGAUAACAGUCUACCAAAUGCCUCCAGGAAGCCACGUUCAGUAUUCCAACACUAGUAUUGUUAUUGCACAGGAACUAAAGGGGGAACAGUUAACAGAUAAUAGGAUUGUAAUUCAAUAUAUGCCGUCUCCCCAAGUAACUUUAUACCAGCUCGGAUUUCAUUAUUCACAAUUUUCUAAAGUUCAUCUUUCAUCUAAGUACACAAACGAUACGCUCGUCUUGUGGGCACCAACUGACGAGAUAAAGAACUGCUAUUUCAUAUUACGCUUCGGGAUAGCAAUAAUUGACAUAAUCCAUGAAUAUUCUUCCAUAAACCGUUCGUUAGUUAUUGGACCGAUCAAUGUUGUGGGUAUUCCAACGUAUCUAAAUGGGUACGAAAUAGCCAGUUGGAAUUUGCUCUCUAACAAUGUUAUCCGCGUCAUUUAUCUCCCAGAAUUCAUCAGUGUGAGACAAAUUGAGCAGAUGAAGUUCGAAUUGGCACAGCAGUUAAGCAGAAUAUGGUUGGGGAACCCUGGUGAGGAGGCCAGGACUCGUUGGAAACAGGAAUGGUUUAAGGAGGGCGUGGCCACGUAUCUUGCUUAUCACUUCUUAGCACAGUACGAUUACGCUGAGCAACAUAAAAAAUAUCAACAGUCUUUAUAUUAUUACGGCAUACGUAUGAAACAAAUAGCUAUGUCCCAUGACUGGCACCACAGUACUCCAGCUCUCAUCAACUUCAACGAUGAAUUGGCUGUCAAUAUUCCACACAGAUAUAAAGAGCUGGUGACCAUGAAGACGGCAUCUCUUCUCUGGAUGGUAGAGAACUGGCUUGGAUCUGAGAAAUUCCACCAGGCGUUGGUGAAAUAUAUCAAUAGCAGGAGAGGCAAGUUCAUUUCACUACCAGACUUCAUGCAGAGUCUAGACCAUGAUACAGUCGAAUGUUUCCAUCAGUUCUUCAAUGGUUCUACCGCAUCGAAAAUCCUAAAUUCAUGGUUUCGUCAUUCUGGUUACCCUGUUAUCGAUGUAUACGUUAUGAGGGAUUCGUCUAGUAACGUUAUUCAACUAACACAGAGACGUUUCAGCUUCACCCUAGAGAACCGACAAGAGACUGAUUAUCUCAUACCAAUAUCAUACAUUGUGCAGAAUAUAUCUAAUUGCUAUAACUGUUAUCGUCCUCGAUUCACAAUAGGAAGGCAGACCUACACCUUCAAGGAGAAUUUAAACAAUGGAUGGAUUAUUCUUAACCGACACGCUUCAGGUUAUUACCGUGUUAAUUAUGACGAGACAACGUGGAAACUUAUUGCACAGACUUUGAAGAAUGAUAUGAGUUUAAUAGACGAAUUGAACAGGGCUCAGAUUGUGAAUGAUGUUUUUGCACUAUACACGUCUGGUGAUAUAUCUCAGGAUUUGGCUCAGUACGUCUUAGAUUACUUGGAUCAAGAACGCAGUUUCCUUGUAUGGGAAGCUGUAAUAUCAGGUUACGAGAUGCUGAGGACAGAUGGCGCUAAAUGCCAUAUGACUAAAAUCCUGUAUAGGGAAUGGCAGAGCUUUUUACGCAUGAAAGUGGUGCCAAUGUACAAGAUAUUGACAAAUAGUAUUGAGCAACAACGACACAUACGUUAUUUUCGAAGCAAGAUUAUAGAGUUCGCGUGUACAAUCAAAUACGAAAAGUGUUUGAACUAUGCCAAUCAUUUACUAAAACAAUGGAGGAACAAGAAUCAACGAAUCGAUCCAGAUUCUCGUCCAGCGUGCUACUACGUUACGUAUGAUUCUUCUAAUGGAUUCUCUAACACAGAUGUAUUCAAUGCUUUUGAAUCUGAAGACAAGAGCUAUGCGGAAUAUCUGCAUCGGAAGGAGAGCAAUUUUUUGGUGAGAAUACCGAUCGGUGAACCAAGGCCACAAAAUAUAUCUAUGUCUACCACCAUAAAACCUGAACCUCUAUCAACUGAAAAAAGUGCACUCACAGAUAUCAGCAAAGACAAAUCUCAUCACAUCGGCUCUUCAAUGGUUAUUUUAGUAUUAGCUGUAUUGAGUGUUAAUAUUUUAAGAUAGAUCUUUUAGGAAUAUUAAAGUUGGAUCUGCCCACUGCCGUCGUUUAGGUUUUGAUAAAUUAUAAUGACUUUAUAUAUAAUUUCUAAUCUGGAAUGAAGCGAAUCUAAAUUGUUUAUACUAAAUAUUUUGUAACAAAUAAAUUUUAGUUUUCUUAAGUAUUUAUCAUUAGUCAUAAGUGUGAUAAAAAGUUAUUUCGAUGUAAUAAGAUUGAAUAUAUGUGUUUUUUAUAUGAUUUAUAUUUAUAACUUUUCUAAAAUUUAUUUUCAUAUAUGUAUACAUUCCUCUUGAUUUACGGUACAUUUAUUUACUGUGUUUUUGAUCUAUUCUACAAAUAAAUGUUAGUACAACAUUCUUAAUACAAUACGAAUACAGAAAAAAAUUCUAUACUAUAUCUUAACGUUACUAUACGGAUCUUCAAAUCAAAUUCAUUAAACAGACAUGUAAAGUAUAAUCUUUUUGCAACAUAAAUUUAUCAAUUUUGAACUUGGAAACAUUUACGUGUUCUAUAACAAAAUAACAAAAAAUAUGCCAUUAGGUGGAACGACUAUGUAUAGAGAAAUAUUGAUAUCCAAGGCGUGGAAAGAACCAAAAAAAUGAACAGAAUGAAGAAGAACAAAAAGUACUGGAAAAGAGAAUAAUCAAUAAACUAAAUAAAUACAAUACAAGUAUUAAAAAAUACAUCAUUGAACGACCAGCAAUCACGAAACUGCCCUUGCAAAAAGAGGUAUAAGUUUCCAAGCUUCAGACUUCAAAAAACCAGAGGAUCAUUUCUGGGUAGUUGUAUUGCUAUGUUCAAUAAAGUUCCAAAAAAUGUAAUUGACCUACCCAUAAAUAAAUUUCAAAUUCAUGUAAAGAAUAUACUUAUGAGUAAAGGCUAUUAUAAAGUUGAUGAUUACUUUAAGGACCGCGAUGCUUGAAAUAAUAGCCUUCGCUCUGUUCUAUAACGAUUAAUUAUAGGUAUGUACCAACCUAUGUCCUACAGACUUUGAAACUUGUAUUUAUUAUUAUUCAACAUAUGUAUUAUUUUGGUAAUGACAUGAUUUAUGUAAAUGUCAUUACUUAUGAUAAAAAGCUGGUAAGUUUCUUUCGCUUGUUCUUUUUGUCAGUUAAAAGACGUCCUGAACAAGUGGUAGGGGAAAAAAUAUUUUUAGACGAUUCAAAUGUGCUUGUAACAACUUACUUGAAUAAAAACAUUUCAUUUCAUUUCGUUUCGUAAAGGAGAAAAUUCUUUGUGCAGGCAGUGAUAAAGAGUUGAUCAGUGAUGUCGAAGAAGAACAUGACAAAAUAUUGAAUAUUUAUUCGUAAGAAUAUAGAGAUACUUUUGGCGUGAAAAUAAUUAUGAUUUCAGAACUAUUUUAUUAGUUAUAUUCCAUUUUCUCAAAAAGGCCGAUAUUAUUACCUUGUUACAUUUCGAAUAAGAGAGGCGUAAUUAUAAUCGUAAUGGCGUUUUUUGUUUAUUGUUUAUAUUAACUAUUAGAUAUUUAUCAAGACAAACUCACAAUAUAUAAUUUUACGGUUAUGUGAGCAAAUGGGAUUUAAAUAAAAUAUCAUUUUAUGGCAGUUAUUAAGUAUCAUUAUAUUUUAUGGAAAAUGGACACUGACACUUAAUCUAAAUCAAUUAUUUAUAAAUUAGUAAUUUAUUUAUUUGUUCUUUUCAAUGUAAAGCUGCCCUUUAAAAAAUAAUAUUCUAUCAAUUAAUAACUAGGGUUUAUUUUUUGUGGCCUCAAUUUCAUUUUUUGAAAUAUUGUUUGUUAAAGAAACCAUUUAUAAUUGUUAUUGAUUUAUAUAUCUUAAGUAAUUACUAACUCAUAACCAACCGGUGAUACUAUUCUGUAAUAAAACAGCCAAGAGCAGCGAAGACGAAUUCAACGCUGUCAUUGCGUAUAGAAUCAAUCAAACAAAACCUUUUUUAACCGUAGAGGAAUGUUGGGUCCACUAUCCUCCCGCUUGACAGGCGGCAGACGACAGGUUGUAGGUCUCUCCAUCCCCACGGACCCGCCUAAAAGUUAGUCUUAACGAGAAUAGUAUACCCACGAAACGCUCUCCGUGCGCCCCUUUUUUUAGGGAAGGGCCUGGAUCCUGCUGUGCUCUUUGUUCGAGUUUGAGGCUAUUUUUGACAAAAUAGUAUAACUAAGUAUCAUACAUAGCGUUGUUUCAUUAGAGACUCAACCAAACGAAACUUACUUAUUAAGGAAAUAUAUAUUUUAGUUGAUUACACCUCUAAUACUGCGAUGUGUUCAACGCUGUAUUUUUACAGAAUAAUUAAAAGAGGACCACAGUUUGUGGACAUCAGGAUGAUGGGUCGCUCAUACAGUUGAUAAACCUUUAAUAUUUCUUAGUUAUACCAUACCAUAUCAUUACUUUGAAUGUACCAAAUUGAAACAAGCUAUACCAUUAUACCGAAAGUUUUGGGUGUUUAUUUAAUAUAUAUGGAGAUAUUUAACUUAUUGGUAAGUUUACUAUCUGACUCUAUUUAUAAGAAGGGUUGGUAAAAUGAAUAAACGUGUUCACAGUUAUGAGUUUAAUUUCAGACUGUUUGAUGUUGAAGUGCCACUUACAAAAUACAAAUGUCACAGAUUACGUUGCCACAGAGCGGUUGACAUAGAUUAUUAAACAAAUAUGCCACACCAUCUAUUAUGCCCUUUUAGCCGGAUUAACCGAGUGCAAUGCUCGUAUGUUUUUUUAUUUUAUUUAUUAUGCAUUUUUAAUUGCUGUGUAUAGUUUUAAGAGGGUUUUUUUUAUAUAAAAUAUUCACGCUCUGUGAUUUCAUGGCUGAACUCAGCAAGGCGUUUUCUGAUCUGAUUCUGUUUCAAACCACAUUUUGAUUUAUAUUCAUCCAUAUUUAAUGUUUUUUGUGUUAUGCGAUCUCGACAAUAAACGAUAUUCCUUUCUUUCUUUCUUGUAUGUUACUCUUAUAAUAACCGGUCACAAAAAAACAAUAUUCAUAUACGCAGUACUCACAAUCUGUCGGUAUCGCAACGGUCUUGUGGUUUUUUUUAUAGUAUGAGAAUUUAAUUGAAAUAAUAUGAAUAUAAAUUUUUGACAAAUCAAACAUAAAGGAUUUUUGAUUUUCAUUCCAUGUGUUCGGCAGGUACGUUUCUAUUAUGGCCAUUUGAUUAAGAUGUAUGUGAAAAGAGAAUGAUAGCCUUGAAAAACUGUCGAUAGGCAAUACCGAAGAAAAAAAGGACAUUAGGGUGGUAACCAAUACGAUGGCCAGACCAUUUAAGAGGAGCAAUAUCCUUAUCAGAGUAUCAGAAUAAGGGCCACUACUGACCGGAAUCGAUGAAGAAAGAUUGUUCGUUUAAUGAGUUUCAGUAACCAAGAUCGUCAGUAAUGAGAGAUCGACUGGAGAGAAAAAUGAUAUACUGAGCGAAUAACUUAAGCGGAAAUCAGAUAACAAUCAUUAUUAUUUGAAAAGAGCAGCCGUAUUACAAAUAAUAAACCAUAUUAGAAUGCCUGGUCAUAAAAAGCUCUAACUUAUGACAUAUUAAACUGACUAUUAAUGACAAGAAGCAAAACUUUGUUAAUAAAUUGUUGAUCAAUCAAUUAAUGCUUAUUUCAACAUACGACCUGACAUCCUGAUUAUCACGCAAAAUUCAAUAAAAGUAAUGUAAAUUACAAUAAAAAUUGUUAUUUAUUGCUUAAAUAUGUUUAUACUAAUAUUGAUAACUGUAAUUUUUGUUUCCUAGUCAAUAACUAUAAUAAAAUUGUGUAUGAAGGUUAGAC